GCACUUCAGAAGGGAGCAGCAAACCUCUUUUCUGGCAAAAGAGCAGUCAGUUGCGUGUGUGGCAGGAAACAACAUUCAAAAUUCCUGUAGCACCUUGAACACUGAAAGGUCUGCCUUAGUCUUCUGCCACAAUUAUUCUUUUCAUCUUUUCGGUGCCUCUCCAUUGUUUCUUAUUCUUUUGUCUCUCUUCACUAUGACCUGGCAGAAUCUACUAGUGGAAUGUCUUCUAAUCACAGCCAGCGCAAAUUUGUCCCAUGGUGGUAAAAUGAUGGAUAAUGGGAUGAAAUCCAAGGCAGCCCACCAAUCGAACUCCUUGCUACUUCUUUCCAACCACCUUUUCACCACUCCUCUGUAUAGUCAGGCACAGACUUCGUCCACAGAAUUAGUUCAUGCAGCUUCACAACUGGCUAACAAAGCAACACAUUCAGUCCCCAAAGAAAAGGAGACAGCAACAGAACCAAUGCCAUCAUCAGCCAACAAAAUCGCAGGCCACAUACAGGCAAAAGCAACGGUUGCUCCCAAGAUGACCAGUGCAAAAUCCACUGGUCAGCAUACAGUAUAUCCAAUGGCAAAAGCUACGGUAGUCACCAAGAGGACAGUAAAGCAAACUGAACCACUAGUUGAUCAGAGUAAAAUUCGUAGAGACAGUAGAAAAACAUUAGCUACUGAGAGGACAACUUUGAUAUCUGAACGUCCAAAUAGUCAGAAGGCUACAACUCUUACCCUUCCAGUAAUAAUGGCAAAUACAAACAAGAUUGCAUCCAAAACAAGUGACAAUCGCAUCACACAACCAACAACUAAAAGAACAAGUGGUAUGGCCCAGAACAACAGAACAUCAGCCGCACUCACUGCUCCCAUGCCUACAACUCCACUUGGGCCAACUCUUGCACCUAAACCCUCUCCAGCUGCAACUGGUGCAUACAGUGUUUCUAAUGGAACUGCAGAUUGCAUCAAAGCAUUGAUGGGCUUGACCAUGAUAGCUAAAAACAGAAAAACUAACAGUAUGGAAUAUUUUAACAUUGAUCCAAACACCACACAAACAACUGGAAUAUGUGGAGCUUCACUCUCAGUGCUGAAAAUCUCAUUCCAAGGUGGUUUCAUUAGCUUUACAUUUAACAAGAAUGGAGAGGUAUAUUAUGUCAGUGUGAUUGAAGCCACUUUAACAGUACCUUCUGAGGGUUCGCCGUAUACCGGAAUUAAAAGCGAUGAGCUUUUCUCAGUUCAAGUGGGGAAUUGUUUUAAAUGUACUGGACUGCAAACCGUGGACAUGUCUGACAAUCUUCAGCUGCAGAUUGCUAAUUCUCAACUUCAAGCCUUUGAUAUUGUUGAUGAUCAGUUUGGGACAGUGGAAGAGUGUGCCCUUGACAGAAACAAGAAACUAAUUCCAACUACGGUGGCCCUCAGUCUUGUAGGAUUAAUUGUCAUUGUCAUUGUCACCUGUGCGAUUUAUAGAAGAAAACCAACCAGUGGAUAUGAUCCUAUCUGAAAUUCAGCGCACUGAUUUUACUGUAGAAUGAAAUGAAAACGUUGUGAGGAAUGGAAGAGUCUGCUUUUUCUGCAGUGGUUGCUGCUAUUAUAAGAAAUAUAAUUAUCUUGUGUAUCUGUUAUCUUUUAUAGCUGAAGUUGCUUCUGCACAUGUGCACACUUGAAAAGUAACUGGCUUUAUCUGAUAUUACUUUGCAUUCAUAUCUUGCUUUUUGCUUAGGUAAGAACUAACUGUUGCCAAUUUUAAGAAGUCCUAGGGCAGUUACAGCGUUUAAUAAGGGUACCUUUUUAAUUAAUUAAUCAAAAGUUGGCUCCUGUUUUAUUAGAUUUUUAAAAAGCAUAUUUUCAAGACAUGUAAAAUACAACGAUAUAGC